AUGGGUAAAAAGAUAAAGAAGGAAGUCGAACCUCCCCCUAAGGAUGUGUUCGACCCACUCACAAUUGAAAGCAAAAAAGCAGCCACCGUGGUGCUAAUGCUCAACUCUCCAGAGGAGGAGAUUUUAGCCAAAGCUUGCGAAGCCAUUUAUAAAUUUGCUUUGAAAGGUGAGGAGAAUAAAGCAACUCUCCUUGAACUUGGAGCUGUGGAGCCCUUGACCAAACUGCUUACCCAUGAAGACAAAAUUGUAAGAAGAAAUGCUACGAUGAUCUUUGGCAUCCUGGCUUCCAACAGUGAUGUUAAAAAGUUGUUGAGGGAGUUAGAGGUCAUGAAUUCUGUUAUUGCUCAGCUUGCUCCGGAAGAAGAAGUGAUAAUCCAUGAAUUUGCAAGUCUUUGCCUCGCAAACAUGUCCAUCGAGUACUCGGGGAAAGUACAGAUAUUUGAGCAUGGUGGACUGGAGCCACUCAUCAGACUGCUGAGUAGCCCAGACCCGGAUGUGAAGAAGAAUUCGAUUGAAUGCAUCUACAACUUGGUACAGGAUUUUCAGUGUCGGACUACACUUCACGAACUAAACCCAAUCCCGCCGAUGUUAGAGCUCCUGAAGUCGGAGUACCCAAUUAUCCAGCAGCUGGCUCUCAAAACCUUGGGUGUUAUCACAUGCGAUAAGGAGUCUCGGACAAUGCUGAAAGACAACCAAGGACUGGACCAGCUCUCCAAGAUCCUAGAAACCAAGGAAUUGAAUGACCUUCAUGUAGAAGCACUUGCAGUGAUAGCCAAUUGCCUGGAGGAUAUGGACUCAAUGGCGCUGCUGCAGCAGACAGGGGGCCUCAAAAAACUACUUUCAUUCGCAGAGAACUCAACCAUUCCUGACAUCCAGAAGAAUGCAGCCAAAGCCAUUACUAAAGCGGCUUAUGAUCCUGAAAACAGAAAAGUUUUCCAUGAACAAGAGGUUGAAAAAUGCCUGGUGACCCUCCUGGGAUCCGACAGCGAUGGAACCAAGAUUGCUGCUUCCCAAGCCAUUUCAGCCAUGAGCGAGAACUCCAGCAGCAAAGAUUUUUUCAACACCCAAGGGAUUCCACAGAUAGUUCAGUUGCUCAAAAGUGACAACGAGGAGGUGAGGGAGGCAGCCGCCCUGGCCCUGGCAAACCUGACCACCAACAGCACCGCCAAUGCCAAUGCUGCCGCAGAAGCCGAUGCCAUCGACCCGCUGAUCAACAUCCUGUCGAGCAAGCGGGACGGAGCCAUCGCCAAUGCUGCCACGGUGCUCACCAACAUGGCCAUACAGGAGCCUCUGCGCACCGUCAUCCAGAACCACGAAGUGAUGAACGCGCUGCUGGGUCCGCUGCACUCCACCAACACUGUGGUGCAGAGCACCGCGGCGCUUACUGUGGCUGCCACUGCCUGCGACGUGGAGGCCCGCAACCAGUUGAGGAUGUGUGGUGGUCUGGAGCCCCUGGUUGAGCUCCUGAACUCCAAGAAUGAUGAGGUACGAAGGCACGCCAGCUGGGCGGUGAUGGUCUGCGCCAGCGAUGAGCUGACGGCCGUCGAGUUAUGCAGACUUGGGGCUCUAGAUAUCCUUGAAGAAAUUAAUCUAUCAGUAAGUCGGAAAAAUAAAUUCAGUGAGGCAGCCUAUAACAAAUUGCUCAACAACAAUCUUUCCCUGAAAUAUAGCCAGACUGGCUACUUGUCAUCAAGCAACAUAAUUAGUGAUGGAUUCUAUGAUUAUGGCCGGAUAAAUCCUGGCACCAAACUUUUACCAUUAAAGGAACUCUGCUUACAGGAGCUGAAUGAUCAACGUGCUAUUUUAUUAGUCAACAGUAAAUCUGACAUUUCUCCACCUCCAUCUAUGGAGGAUAAAUCAUCAGAUGUUGGCUAUGGACGAAGCAUUUCUUCUUCAUCUUCCUUAAGAAGGGCAAGCAAAGAGAAAUCCACUCUUCGUUUUAGUGCUGGAUUUGGGUCUCCCACAGAAGAAAAAUCAGAGCCGACAUCAGGACGAAACACGGUCCUUAGCAGAGGUACCACCAAAGAGAAAGGUUCAAGGAAAGGGAAGGGGAAGAAAGAAGAAGAAAAAGUGAAAGAGGAAGAAGAGGUCAUGGCAAUGCCCAAAAUGACAGAAAGCAGCCCCGACAAAGAAUGGUACCCACCUCUUGACCCCGAGUUCUGUGUGUAUGUGUUCGAGGUGACCAAGUCCAUCCUGCCCAUCGUCAACAUUAAGGACCAGAUUGAGACCCUGGCCAAGUAUGUGGCAGAUAAAAUGGGCGGUAGGAUUCCAAAAGAGAAGCUAUCUGAUUUCAGCUGGGAACUUCACAUAAGUGAGCUGAAAUUUCAACUGAAAUCCAAUGUCGUUCCAAUUGGAUAUAUCAAGAAAGGAAUCUUUUAUCAUCGAGCUUUGCUUUUCAAGGCACUGGCUGAUAAAAUCGGUGUGGGCUGCUGCCUGGUGCGUGGUGAGUACAGCCGAGCAUGGAACGAAGUGAAGCUGCUGAACGAGGGUCGGAAGGGCGUCACUGGGAGCCUGCCCCCACCCGAAGAGUUCAUCGUGGAUCUCAUGUUCCACCCGGGGGCCCUGCUGAAGCUCCGCAGCAAAGAGGCAGACCUCUACCGCUUUCUCUAGUCACCAAAGGAGCUCAGAAGCGCUCAAACCGGAAACUGGCUCCACGUGCUUUCUAAGAAGGGCACUCGCUGAUUCGAGAACUUCAAAUAAAGGAAUUGGAAAUGG